UGCUCCGCUGCCGCGGCACGAAGCUCUCUGACACCUGUCAGCGGCCGAGGUGGCAUCAUUAACGGAGAAAGCGGAGCACUAGGCUCCGCUGUUUCGUCUUCUUUCUCUGUCGAAAUGUAGCAAAAUAAUCUGGCGCUGAUAUUUUGUUUUAAAUUAUUAAUCUGGCGCUGAUAUUUUGUUUUAAAUUAUGUGGUUCGGUUUGCAGCUUCUAAUUCGUAAAUCUGCUUGGGGUUUGAAAUUUGGGGUGCUAGAGAUGCUUUUAUUGAGGCCCGAGCCCAGCGUAUUUGGGCGGGAAAAUGGUGCCGUUGAGGGCAACAGCUGUUCAAACACCCAAAGCGGGCUCCUCGGCUUGCACAAAAAGUCGUGCAGUGUACAACCAUUCCUAAUAGGGAAACUGCCUCGUGCCUUCCUGGACUACUCAACCGCAGUGGACCAAUCUUACUGACAUGUGGGUCCUGGGUAGCUCUCUUUCUGUGGAACGACCGCAUGGUGCUGUAUCUCGGUAGAGCCGCCUGAGGAACAGACCUUGCUUUUCGUCCUUCCACCCCCUGAUAUCUGUGCUGCCUGCACCUAGUCCAUGUGAACCGCUACUUUAGAAGACAUCUCUUCUUUCCCCCACCACCAGUUCCCACUCCACUCUACAGAAAUCCCCCAGUCCCCACGAGAUGCUUCUCGGCAGCCGUCUCCUCCGCCUCUCCGCCGCCGCCGCCGCCGGCGUCCGGCGCUCCCUCACCACCGCCGCCUCCCAUCCCCCGUGGGCCAUGAUCUCCUUCUCCUCGGAGGUCGUCGGAGCGCCGACCGUGGACGUGCGCCUCGCCGAGCCACCGCACAUCUCCCAAAUACGCGUCCCGGGGCACCUCAUCAAGACCAGCGGCGGCUGCGCCGACCCCGCCAGCAAAGUUGUGAAAUGGCUCAGCGGCACCUCGAGCGGUGGCCUCCUCUUCCUCACCUACCUAGACCUGCGCUCCCCGGCUCCAACCGUUGGCAAGGAUGGAACCCACGCCAUCCACCCCUCCCACGACUCCGGCGUCACACACUUCGUCUGCAACCCUGUCACCCGGGAGCUAUCCCGCCUCCCGGCCUCCAUCUUCAACCCUGUGCAGGACGCUCUGCACGGCGCCCGCAUGGGCUUCAUCACCCAGGCCGACCGCGGGCACGGGCCGCCCGACAGGUUCGCCGCCGCCAAGGUAGGGGUGGGGCGGAACCUCAUGAUCCGUUUCCUCUCGGAAACAGGGGAAUGGGAGUUGGUGGAGGUCUCGCUCUCGCCGUCCCAGCUCCUGCCUCCGCGGUCAAUGCGGAUAGACCAGGAGCCGCUGGCAUUCGGCGGCCGCAUGUGGUGGGUCGACCUGUCCUGGGGCGUAGUCACCGCCGACCCGUUCAGCCACCGCCCGGAGGGCACCUACGUCCAGCUGCCCAGGCGCAGCGUGCUGCCGGCAGCCCAACCGGUCAUCAGCUACCGGCGAGUGGGCGUCAGCGACGGGUGGCUGCGGUACGUCGAGCUCUCUCAAGAGAAACCGUUCCUUCUCAGCUCCUUCGUGCUUGACGAUGAGGCCACCAGCUGGACGCUGGAGCACCGGGUGGAGCUCAACAAGAUCUGGGGCCGCAGCAUGUCGAUGCCCUUACAGACCACCGCAGGCGACACAGAAAUCGUACUCAUUCAUCCGCUCGACUCCAAUGUCGUGUACCUCAGGCUCGUGGCCACGUCGCAAACUGUCGCCGUGGACAUGGACAGGGAAGAGGUGAUCGAGACCUGCCUGUGUAGCGGCAAACCCUUCUCUACACCAUGCCUUCUUCCACCGUGGCUCCGAUCCACCCGGAUCCCUUCUGCAUCAAGAGGCAGCAAGGACGUUGACAAAAACAAGACCCUGGCAGGUGUUCUGGUUUCUUAAAACUGACGGAUGCUGGUGCUCUAAUCAACUAGGAAGCUGAUGGUGGUAACUUGAGAAGCUUGUUUCUUUUUUGGGAUUGUCGAUUCAGCUGAAAUCUAGUAAUUUUGUCAGACUUUCGGUUCGCAGCAGAACACCUCCAGCAUAUGUUGUAAACACUAGCAUGAUAAUUCCUUCCUAGCAAAGUUGACGCUUCCACAUGACUAUUCUGACGAGGAAUCUUAUUUACGAACCUCUGCUUAUGUAGUUAGUGAGUUGAUGAUUUAUUCCAACUGAUCAGUAUUCACUGCCCUAAGCUAAGUAUUGCAGUCUUGCUAGUUGAUGGCACAUUGCUCUUGUUAAAUGAGAUGAGAAGGACAAAAUCAUGUUGCUAUCUGUGACACAAGGACUGAACUCCGCAGGAUAUAUAUCACUGACUAUUUUCUGUAUGCGAAAUAAGCAUCCUUGCUAGAA